UAUCUCCUUCCUCAUAGAACCCGUGAAAGUUUUUCUAUUACCUUUACUUUUUUCCUAUGAAAAAAGAAGAGGAAAGAAAAGAAACAAUGGAGGAGAUAUCUCCGAAGAAGAAUGAUGGUGGAAAUCAGAAAGUGUCGUUUUUCAAACUGUUUUCGUUUGCCGACAAAACCGACGUAGUUUUGAUGACGGUCGGGACUAUCGCCGCCAUGGGUAACGGCCUAACUCAGCCGCUCAUGACUCUAAUCUUUGGCCAGCUCAUAAAUGCUUUUGGCACCACCGAUCCAGAUCAUAUGGUUAGAGAAGUGUGGAAGGUUGCUGUAAAGUUUAUUUACCUUGCAGUAUACUCUGGUGUCGUCGCCUUCCUCCAGGUCUCAUGCUGGAUGGUUACUGGAGAACGUCAAUCCGCCACAAUUCGUGGUCUAUACUUGAAAACGAUAUUAAGACAAGAUAUCGGCUACUUCGAUACGGAGACAAACACCGGAGAGGUUAUUGGAAGAAUGUCUGGAGACACAAUUUUGAUUCAAGACGCCAUGGGAGAAAAGGUUGGAAAAUUCAUACAACUAGCAAUGACGUUCUUUGGAGGAUUCGUGAUUGCCUUUUCUAAAGGCUGGCAGUUAACGUUGGUUCUUUGCAGUUGUAUCCCUCUGAUUGUGAUCGCAGGUGCAGCUAUGUCUCUGAUCAUGUCUAAAAUGGCUGGUCGUGGUCAAGUCGCUUACGCAGAGGCUGGAAACGUAGUUGAACAAACCGUUGGAGCCAUUAGAACAGUAGUAGCGUUUACGGGAGAGAAACAAGCAACGGAAAAAUACGAAAGCAAGCUCGAGAUAGCUUACAAGACUGUGGUUCAACAGGGUUUGAUCUCUGGUCUAGGGCUUGGCACAAUGCUAGCUGUGAUCUUUUGCAGCUACGGUUUAGCGGUUUGGUAUGGUGCAAAGCUGAUAAUGGAGAAAGGUUACAAUGGAGGACAAGUCAUUAACAUAAUUUUCGCGGUCUUGACCGGAGGAAUGUCGUUAGGGCAAACAUCGCCGAGUUUGAAUGCUUUCGCUGCAGGGAGAGCUGCAGCUUUCAAAAUGUUUGAAACUAUCAAGAGGACUCCAAAGAUUGAUGCUUACGAUAUGAGCGGUUCUGUUCUUGAGGAUAUUAGAGGAGACAUUGAGCUUAAAGAUGUUUAUUUUAGGUAUCCGGCUAGGCCCGAUGUUCAAAUCUUUGCUGGAUUCUCGCUCUUUGUAUCGAACGGCACAACAGUGGCUUUGGUUGGACAGAGCGGAAGCGGAAAAUCGACAGUUAUCAGUCUAAUCGAGAGGUUCUAUGAUCCGGAGUCAGGACAAGUAUUGAUAGACAACAUUGAUUUGAAGAAACUUCAGCUCAAAUGGAUAAGAAGCAAAAUCGGUUUGGUUAGCCAAGAACCUGUGUUGUUUGCGACCACAAUAAGGGAGAACAUUGCUUAUGGGAAAGAAGACGCGACUGAUCAGGAGAUUCGAACUGCGAUUGAGCUCGCUAAUGCGGCUAAAUUCAUUGAUAAACUCCCACAGGGUUUGGAUACAAUGGUAGGAGAGCACGGGACGCAAAUGUCUGGCGGGCAGAAACAGAGGCUAGCGAUCGCUAGGGCGAUUUUGAAGAACCCUAAAAUAUUGCUAUUAGACGAAGCCACAAGCGCGUUAGACGCAGAAUCCGAACGCAUUGUUCAAGACGCGCUCGUGAACUUAAUGUCAAAUCGGACUACCGUUGUGGUUGCUCACCGUUUGACCACAAUUAGAACUGCCGAUGUAAUCGCUGUUGUCCACCAAGGGAAAAUUGUCGAGAAAGGGACUCACGAUGAUAUGAUUCAAAAUCCUGAGGGAGCUUAUUCACAGCUUGUUCGUCUUCAAGAAGGAUCAAAAGAAGAAGCUAACGAAUCAGAGAGACCUGAAACGAGCUUAGACGUCGAGAGAUCAGGAAGUCAUAGGUUAUCAUCGGCAAUGAGAAGAUCCGUUAGCCGGAAUUCAUCGAGCAGUCGCCAUUCUUUCUCUCUCGCUUCCAAUAUAUUCUUUCCGGGAGCAGUUAACAUCAACCAAACCGAUGAGAUCGAAGACGAGGAAAAAACCGUGAGGCACAAGAAAGUGUCAUUAAAACGGCUUGCUCGCCUCAACAAACCGGAAAUUCCGGUUUUAUUGCUCGGUUCAAUUGCUGCAAUGGUUCACGGAACGUUGUUUCCCAUCUUCGGUUUACUGCUUUCGAGCUCGAUCAAUAUGUUCUAUGAACCAGCAAAGAUACUGAAGAAAGAUUCACAUUUUUGGGCGCUGAUUUAUAUCGCUCUCGGUUUAGCCAAUUUCUUCAUGAUCCCGAUCCAAAACUAUUUCUUUGGAAUCGCUGGAGGGAAAUUGAUUAAACGCAUCCGAUCAAUGUGUUUUGAUAAAGUAGUUCAUCAAGAAAUCAGUUGGUUCGAUGACACAGCAAAUUCCAGCGGUGCGAUUGGAGCGAGGUUGUCUACCGAUGCUUCAACAGUGAGGAGUUUGGUAGGAGAUGCAUUGGCGUUAAUAGUACAAAACAUAGCUACUGUAACCACCGGGUUGAUAAUAGCGUUUACAGCGAAUUGGAUGCUAGCUCUCAUAGUUCUUGCUCUCUCACCAUUUAUUGUCAUCCAAGGAUAUGCUCAAACCAAGUUCCUGACUGGUUUCAGCGCAGAUGCUAAGGCGAUGUAUGAAGAAGCGAGUCAAGUGGCGAAUGAUGCAGUGAGCAGCAUUAGAACGGUUGCAUCUUUCUGUGCAGAGGGCAAAGUGAUGGAUUUGUACCAACAAAAAUGCGAUGGACCGAAGAAGAACGGUGUUCGUGGUGCGGGGUUGAUUCAAAUAGGUAAAGCCACAUUUGGUGAAGUCUUCAAGGUUUUCUUUGCAUUGACGAUCAUGGCGAUUGGAGUUUCUCAAACAAGUGCUAUGGCACCUGAUACAAACAAAGCUAAAGACUCUGCAGCUUCGAUUUUCGAUAUUCUUGAUAGUAAACCAAAGAUUGAUUCGAGCUCUGAUGAAGGUACCACGUUACAAAACGUUCAUGGCGAUAUCGAAUUCCGACAUGUUAGUUUCCGGUACCCGAUGCGACCGGACGUUCAGAUUUUCCGUGAUUUGUGCUUGACUAUCCCUUCCGGAAAGACCGUUGCACUUGUUGGAGAGAGCGGGAGCGGGAAAUCGACGGUGAUUAGCAUGAUUGAGAGGUUUUAUAAUCCAGAUUCAGGCAAGAUUUUGAUCGAUCAGGUGGAAAUUCAGACAUUUAAAUUGAGUUGGUUAAGGCAACAGAUGGGUUUGGUUAGUCAAGAACCGAUUUUGUUCAACGAGACGAUCAGAUCAAACAUAGCUUAUGGUAAAACCGGUGGAGCCACAGAGGAAGAGAUUAUAGCAGCAGCACAAGCCGCAAACGCACAUAACUUCAUCAGCUCAUUGCCUCAGGGUUACGAUACGUCGGUUGGAGAACGCGGUGUUCAGCUAUCGGGCGGUCAGAAGCAGAGGAUCGCGAUUGCGCGUGCGAUUUUGAAAGAUCCUAAGAUCUUGUUGCUUGAUGAAGCGACGAGUGCAUUGGACGCAGAAUCUGAGCGUGUGGUUCAGGAUGCGCUUGAUCGAGUUAUGGUUAAUCGAACCACUGUAGUUGUGGCUCAUCGGCUCACGACCAUUAAGAAUGCAGACGUGAUCGCGGUUGUGAAAAACGGCGUUAUUGCUGAGAAGGGAAGGCAUGAGACACUGAUGAAGAUUUCAGGUGGUGCUUAUGCUUCUCUUGUCACUCUGCACAUGAGUGCAAAUUAAGAGACUUUUUGUUUUUGGUUUGAACUGAAAAGAGAGAAUUUUUGGAAUUGAUUCGUUAUUUUUGUCAGUUGAACUCAUAAAUUUGAGACUCUUUU